UCCUGAGUAUUCUGAAUUGGUUGAUUUUUUUUUGCAAACGCAUAGCCAAACUCAUAACAAAACAUGACAAGUCUGUCGAGGUUUAGUGGCUGCCCUCUUUCUUGCGUCAACCCCGGGGAGAGCAAUAGUGAACCCAGCGUGGUGCUGCCACCUUUGGCAGGGGAGCACAUGGGGCACCCCACUGGCAGUUCCUUAAAACUCUGCCCCUCGCACAAUUUGCGAGACUACCCUGAGACGAGGUCUGGUGCAUAUGUUGACCAUUCGGUUCACCAUUUUGCAGACUCUGGAUACCCCAGCCACCCGUUAGAGCACAACCAUAGGGGCAUUCUCAUUGGAGCCAAUCUUCCCGGAGCCGGAAUGCCACCCGUCACUGACCAACUGGCAUCGAGAACUAACCAACAUGGCGGUAUUGGGAGAUAUCGUGACCUUCCAGGCUGCAGAGACAGCCGAAGCCAUGCCUUUUUCACCACGUAUCAAGAGCAGGCCCACUGCUCCAACGAGUCAAGUCGAGAUCUGGGCAGUCAGAUGAUGCUGCAUGGUUUACCAGGAGACCUGCUUUCCCGGACCCAUCCCUAUGGCCAAACCAUCAGCCCGAGGGGAAACAACCAGCAAUUCGUCACCCAGUUCCUGGGGUUGUACAAGCCGCUGAAUAUGGCGAUUCAGCGUGGGGGGAGCGACGCCUACAUCAGAUGCCCUAAACAAAAUCAAAAACAUGAGCUGGUAUGUAAGUGGAUCGACAGCCAGGAGGGGAUGGGUAAGCUGCCCUGCGCCAGAACUUUCGGCACAAUGUAUGAACUUGUCACCCAUGUGACAGUGGAGCACGUCGGAGGACCAGAGCACUCUGAGUACGUGUGCUACUGGGAGAACUGUCCGAGGGAGAGGAAGCCUUUCAAAGCCAAGUACAAGCUGGUGAACCACGUCAGAGUGCACACGGGGGAAAAGCCUUUUCCUUGCCCUUUCCAUGGCUGCGAAAAAGUUUUUGCAAGAUCUGAAAAUCUUAAGAUCCACAAGAGGACUCAUACAGGUGAAAAGCCCUUUAAAUGUGAGUACGAGGGCUGCAACCGGAGGUUCGCUAACAGCAGUGACCGAAAGAAGCAUUCCCACGUGCACUCGAGCGAUAAGCCCUAUAUGUGCAAAGUCAGGGGCUGCGAGAAGUGCUACACGCACCCCAGCUCCCUGCGCAAGCACAUGAAGCUCCACUGCAAGGCCUACGUCACCACCAAGAGCGAAGCGCGCGACGCCGACGAAGACGACAUCGAGAAGGCCACCAGGUCACCUGAAGCGACGGCGGACCGACGUGAACCCACCCCCUCCGUUACCGCCAGGGUGGCGCGCGUGCAGCCCCCCGUCACCCCGAGCACCACCACCAGCACGGGUCAAGAGUCCCUGUCCCCAGAGAACCUCCGAGAUGACUCGACCCUCAGGUCACGUUUCCAUCACACAUUUGACAACAGUUUGGAUUACUCGACACACAGGUCGCAGGCCCUCUUGGACCCCUUGUUGAUGCAGCGGGGAGGUGCAGGGGGCGGCUACAGGUCCGAGGCGUCUCAGUACACGUGUGGCCAGACUGGGUUCGCUCCAAGCGCACGAACUUUUACGACGUCCCCUUCGCCCUUUCAGAAGAGCAUCGUGAAUGGGUGGUACACGUGCCACAGCGGCGUCGACUCCUUUUCACCAAAACAUAAUACUACUACUAAUAAUAAUAAUAAUAAUAACAAUAACAUACAGUCUAUUUGAGUUGCUCGUGCCUUUCCAUUUGAGGGGCCUUUAUGUGACGUCUUAAAUAGUCGCGGUGCAUUAUAUUGCAUAUAACUACAUGUAUCUCUGUGGAUGUUGUGUGAAACACAUUUUUGGAAUGUAACGGAUGAUCCAGGUGUUAACCUGAAAGUACACUCUUAAUAUAGUGAGCAGUUGGUGCAGCACGCUACAUGGUUAAUCUGGGGUGGAGACAUCAGGAGAAAAGUAGGCCUAUAUACUUUGUACAUCACCUCACGGUUUUCCCACACGACGGGCUAUGUGAGAGGUGCAUUACGUAUGGUAUGGACGGUCAGCAUAGACCAUAACAAGUAAAUGCUUUAAAAGGAAAUGCAUUUUAAUUCAUUAUGUAUAUGAAAGGUAAUGACACAACUUAAAUUAACAUACCAACAAGUUAUUGGAAUGUAAAACGAAUGUUUUUGCUGAAUGUAACUUAGGGGUCUUCGUUGAAUGUAGGUCGUUAAAAAAAAGUACGCGAAAAAUAUAGGGGCAUUACUCAUAUCGUUAUAUAUGUUUUACGAACUAAAGUAGAACAAAUAAAUAGCAUAUUUUAAAUAUUUCAUCACGUUUGAUAAGAUAUUUGUCUAAUAUUGAAAUAGAUGUGUGUAUGUCCAAGAUCUGUAAAUGCUUAGUAGCCUAAGUGUUCAGUGUAUUCAUAGCACAUAUCUUAUAGCCUAUCCCCCUCUCCCAAAUCAACUAGCUUAGGUCGGACCUUACAUGAAAACACGUCAUCACAGCACUACUGUACAUAGGGUACUGUACAAUUAAUUAUGCAUUCAAUAUUUUAUUUAAGUGGCUGUAUUCUCUUUGAUCAGGCAUGUGUUAUUAAAAACCAUCAUUGGAUUCUUGCAACA